CUUAGACCUUGAAACACAAAAGACUUCUUUCUUUGCCUCCUCCUCAGUCCUCUCCUCUCGACGCCUUUAUCUAUCUUUUAAUUUAAUCAAACCAAAGUAUCAGACUUUGCAUUCACUUUGGGCAAGGCAUAAAUUCUCCUCUCUUUCUAUAAACCCUUCUCUUUGUCUCUCCAAACUCAAGAAAGAGAACCAGAAUUUAAAAAACCCUUAUCGGUGCUUGCAGUGAUAUACCUAUAUAGUAUGGAGUUGCUCCGAUCCAAUCUCUCUCGGGUUCGAAUCCCCGAACCCACCAAUCGCAUCUACAAGGACGAAUGCUGCAUCUCAUUCGAUACUCCAAGAUCUGAAGGUGGAUUAUAUGUUGACAUGAACACAUUUCUUGCAUUCGGGAAAGACUCUGUGGGUUGGAACUAUGAGAAGACUGGUGAUGCAGUUUAUUUGCACAUAAAGCAAACAAGAAAGUUGGUUCCUGAGGACAGGCCUUCAAAAAAACCAACUUUGUUGGCUAUAGGUGUUGAAGGGGGAUUUGACAACAAUGAACCUGAAUAUGAAGAAAUUUACAGCAUAGUCAUAUUGCCUGAUUAUGUUACUUUUCCAUUUCCUUCUGUAGAUUUGCCUGAGAAGGUAAGGCUGGCAGUUGAUGCCAUCUUAAUGGCAGAAAGUGCAGAACGGAAAGAACAGCUUGCUGCUUGGACAGCUGAUAAAAAGCAAAUUAGUGCAUAUGCAAUGAAUUUACCACAAAUUGACAAUGGUGUUAUUGUUCCUCCAUCUGGAUGGAAAUGUGCGAAGUGUGAGAAAAGAGAAAAUUUGUGGUUGAAUCUUAGUGAUGGAACGAUCCUUUGUGGUCGAAGAAAUUGGGAUGGAAGCGGCGGAAACAAUCAUGCCAUUGAACAUUACAAGGAGACAAGUUACCCUCUUGCUGUAAAACUUGGGACAAUUACUGCUGAUUUAGAAGCAGCAGACGUUUUCUCUUAUCCCGAGGAUGAGAGUGUUUUGGAUCCACUUUUAGCACAGCAUCUGGCAUUUUUUGGCAUUGAUUUCUCAUCGUUACAGAAGACUGAAAUGACAACUGCUGAAAGGGAACUUGACCAAAAUUUCAACUUUGAUUGGAACCGUAUCCAAGAAAGUGGAGAGGAAUUGGAACCAAUUUUUGGACCAGGUUAUACAGGACUAGUGAAUCUUGGUAACAGUUGCUACAUGGCAGCAACAAUGCAAGUUGUGUUCUCAACACGUUCCUUCUGUACACGAUACUACAUGAACCAGAGCUUAAAAACGGCAUUUGAGAUGGCUCCUGCUGACCCAACUGUGGACUUGAAUAUGCAGUUAACCAAGCUGGCACAUGGCGUGCUAUCUGGUAAAUACUCAGUUCCAGCACUGGAGAAAGGUGAUAAUGCAAAUAGUCUAACGUCAGGAAUAUCUAAACAAGAAGGGAUACCUCCUCGUAUGUUCAAGUCAGUCAUAGCUGCCAGCCAUCCUGAGUUUUCUUCUAUGAGGCAACAGGAUGCAUUGGAGUUUUUCCUACAUUUUCUUGACCAAGUUGAACGGGCUAAUGGUGGGAAGCCCACAUUAGAUCCCUCAAGGAGUUUCAAGUUUGGUAUUGAGGAGCGAAUAUUAUGUUCAUCUGGAAAGGUUGCUUAUAAUAGAAGGCUUGACUAUAUUCUUUCUUUGAAUAUUCCAUUACAUGAAGCUACAAAUAAAGAAGAACUUGAAGCCUUCCAAAAAGUGAAGGUGGGAGACGUUUCAGAGGGGAAAAACGCAUCCAGUGUGGAAAUUGUACGCCCAAGAGUACCUCUGGAGGCAUGCCUAGCUAGCUUUUCAGCUCCAGAGCAGAUACAAGAUUUUUAUAGCAGUGCGUUGAAAGCUAAGACAACAGCCCAAAAGACUGCUGGUCUAACUUCAUUCCCUGAUUAUUUGGUGUUGCACAUGCGUAAAUUUGUCAUGGAGGAGGGCUGGGUGCCGAAAAAGCUUGACGUCUAUAUAGAUGUUCCUGAUAUCAUAGAUAUCAGUCACAUGCGAAGCAGGGGCCUUCAACCAGGAGAGCAGUUGUUGCCAGAGGGUGACCCUAGUGAUGAGGUAGAAUCAAAGCAGCUUGUGGCCAAUGAGGAUAUUGUUUCCCAGCUUGUCUCAAUGGGAUUCAACUAUCUUCACUGUCAGAAAGCUGCUAUAAAUACCUUGAACACUGGAGUAGAAGAGGCAAUGAAUUGGUUACUUUCUCACAUGGAUGAUCCAGAUAUAGAUGUUCCGAUUUCUCAAGGGGUACUAGGUACUGAAGUUGUUGACCAAUCGAAAGUUGAUACUUUGAUUUCGUUUGGCUUUCAAGAAGAAUUAGCUCGGAAAGCGCUAAAGGCAUCGGGUGGGGACAUUGAGAAAGCAACAGAUUGGAUAUUCAGCAAUCCCGAUGCUUCUGUCUCAUCUGAUAUGGAUGCCACCACAUCUAGUAACUUACCUAACCCGGAUGAUGCUGGACUGCCUGAUGGAGGAGGGAGAUACAGGCUUUUCGGAAUAGUGAGCCACAUUGGAACCUCUACGCAAUGCGGGCAUUAUGUUGCGCAUGUAUUUAAAGAUGGCAGAUGGACUAUUUUCAACGACAACAAGGUCGGGGCUUCUGUAAACCCUCCCAAAGAUAUGGGGUAUCUAUACUUUUUUGAAAGGCUUGACAGUUAGUUAGACUUGUUCAACUUAACUUUUGUUAGUUAGGGAAAAAAAGAAAAAAAAAAAAAAGGAUUUUGAGGUCUAAAGCAGUGUGUUCAGGAUUUUAUCAAGGGUUACUGUAGUUAGUAGUUGUCAAUUUAUUGGCUUGAUAUUUGAAUUCCUGUUUCAUUUAUAUUUUGUUAAAAUAAAAAAGUAUUAAUUAAACUGACAAA